AAUUUUGAGAAUUUUGGAGUGUUUCAGAUCAAAGUUUUUUGAUCACGCAUGGAGAUUUAGAAAACUAAUUUCUCGACGGGUUCAUUGCCUUCAAAAUCGCCAACAGACACACACAGACAUCUGUAAACCGGAAACCUGUAGUUUCGUGUUCUACCGCCUCCACGACAUUAAAAACCCAGAAAUAAAUCACACCAAAAUGGUCUACCACUCAGGAACUGAAAAUAACACCACCACCAUCAAACCCAUUCCUUGUUAAAAAAGUCAGUUAUCCCUCAUUAAUUCUCACAAAGAAGACCCCGAACCCACCUCUUCCUCAGCCACGCACCUGCUUCCAUAAAAACCGCACCAUCUUCCGGUGACGCAACGCCCAUCCACAUUCUCCUCACAUCGCCAGCCCGAACCUUUUACGCGAAGACUCCUCAAGCAUUUCCUUCGCUUCCUCUCCGAGGAAGCCAAACACGACUGCGUUUCCUAGCAACUCGCACGGCAUACACAAAACCGUCGUCCGACUUCAUUCGCCCGUGGAUGUUGCCAGCGACCAGAAGGCGGAAUCGUGCGAGUGUUUUAAUUUCGGCGAAAUGGGCUGUUCCACCACGGUCGUCAAAUACCUCGUGUUCUUCUUCAAUCUAGUGUUCGCCAUCGCUGGCGCCGGACUCUUAGCCUUGGGUAUUCUCCUCAAGCUCCGCAACAAUGACAUCCAGAAUUUCAUCCCAGACAAGUACCAUCUGGGUUUGCCGCCCAUCCUGCUCAUCAUCAUCGGCUCCAUCAUCUUCGUGACGGCUUUCUUCGGCUGCUGCGGGGCCAUCAGGGAAAGCACGUGCAUGCUGACGACGUUCGCCAUUAUUCUUUUGACACUUUUAAUAGUGCAAAUCGCCAUCGGAGCCUACGCUUUCUUGCAAGUCGGGGACACCGCGGAUUUGAAGUCGUCGGUGACCCAAGUGGUAGAGAAGUCGUUCAAUCAGUACAAUAGCUCCAAGAGCAUACAAGAGGAGUUCGAUUUUCUUCAAACUUUUUUGCACUGCUGCGGGGUGAAGGGCGUGAACGACUGGACCUGGGAGGGUGGAAAAUUGCCCGCUUCCUGCUGCGGCAACAACAACAAGAACUGCACGGUGGGUUCCAGCAACGCCUACAAGGAGGGAUGCGGAGAUAAGACGUACCAAUGGUUCAAGAACGGGUUGGACCUGCUGGGUAUCCUGGCGGUGGCUAUCGCAUCCAUUGAGAUCAUCGGUGCGAUCUUCGCUCUGUGCCUUUCGAGCUCUAUCAAAAAUCAGCUACGUCGAGAAGCUUACGCUUAAAGACACUAGUUAAGGAUAAAUGUUCUUGUUGUUCACAGUUUAGAUUUAUGCAAGGAGUAUUAUGUAAAUAAGUUAUGUAUAAUACCUCAAUGUACAAAUUCUCAACACUUUUCUAUUCACCACCCGAGGGUGCGGUUUUAAUUAAUGAUAACACGUGCAACAUUCACCGUUACUGUGUCAAAUUGAAUGUGAUAAUGUUCUUUUGUAAUUUUCGUGGUUUACUUUUGUAUAUUGUUAAGAUGAUUUUUUACAACUUGACUGAAGAAUAGAAAAUAGAUUUGUUUACCAAAGAUUUAAAUUAAAAGCGAGAUUCUAAAAUUGUAAGGUUAACGCUAGACAGAUAUAACACUACACUAUUGUUAUUACUUUUUGUAUUAUUUGUAUCUGAAUAAAUUUCUAUAUGUGUA